AGCUCUACAACUGGGACACCAAAAGCCAUGGGAUCUACGUCUACCAAAGAGGAAAACCUGGUGUAUGGCAUUAGGCUUUCCUCAGUUGGGCCGAGCCGAGCGACGGGGUCCGGCGUGGUUCAUGAACUGAGUGGCAUGGACUUGGCCAUGAAGCUCCACUAUCUCAAAGCAGUCUACUUCUUUAACAGCCAUGCAGUUCAAGGUCUAACCGUCGCGCGCUUGAAGGAAGCCAUGUUCGAGUGGCUCAAUGGCUACUACUACACCAGCGGCCGUCUCUGGAGAUCGGAGGAGUCUCGGCGGCCGUACAUCAAGUGCAAUGACUGCGGCUCUAGGUUCAUCGAAGCCUGCUGCGACAAAACCGUUGACGAAUGGCUGGAAACGAAGGAUUGCUCUCUUCAAAACCUGCUUGUGUCCCAACAAGUCAUUGGCCCUGAACUCAAUUUCUCUCCCCCACUUCUCAUACAGGUAACACAGUUCAAAUGUGGGGGGAUGUCACUGGGCCUGAGCUGGGCUCAUAUCCUUGGAGAUGCAUUCUCAUUUUCAGAUUCUACAAACGAAUGGGGACGAAUCGUGGCGGGUCUUCGGCCCAACAGGCCAUCGAACUUUCCCAAAUCAGACGACCCACAUAUUGAGAGAUCCAAAAACCCGCCACCACUUUCCGUCAAACAGGUCGACCCGGUUGGAGACCAUUGGAUAACGGCCAAUAACUGCAAAAUGGACACAUUUUCAUUCCAUGUGACCGCCAGCCAGUUAGCUAUCUUGCAGUCAAGCCCAAACCAAACGGACCAAAUUCCAAUAUUUGAAUAUCUUUGUGCCAUUAUUUGGCAAUGCUUCGCCAAAGUUAGGGAGGGGGGGAAUCAAGCAAAAAUAGUGACAAUUUGCAAGAAUGAUCCCGUUAGACCCACCGGCAGGAUUGUAACGAACACGCAAAUUAUAAGCGCGGUUAAGGCAGAGUUUUCCGUAACGGAGACGAGCCCACAGAAAUUGGCAACAUGGCUACUCAAUGAAGCUGUGGAUGAAAGAAGGCAGAUUGGAGAAUUGGUGGAGAGGGAUGGUGGGGUAUCUGAUUUCAUUGUAUAUGGGGCGAAUUUGACGUUUGUGGACUUGGAAGAGGCUGAUUUUUAUGGACUGGAGUUGAACGGACAUAAACCGGAUUCGGCGGGUUUUAUCAUACAAGGCGUGGGAGAUGAAGGAGCGGUUUUGGUGCUCCCGGGGCCAAAAGAUUCCGGCGAAGGAAGGGUUGUCACAAUAAUUCUUCCGGGAAAUCAAGUUUGGGAACUGAAAUCUGAGCUUCUGAAGAAUGGUCUACUGUUUGAGGGUAAUCUUGGUUAAGAUCAAUGCUAUCUUCCCAUCGCAUUUACUUGUGUAAAAAAAUAAAAUACCAUUUGGAUACUGAUUUUUAGUUUUAUCAUGUAAUGGGUUUUUAGUGGUCUAUGAAUAUUUUUGGUGUUUUGUGUUAA